CUUUUGUAACAGUGUCCACCAUUCUUUCAACAACAAAACCAUGGCAAAUCUUGUCCAUCCCCCGCUUGAUUUCUUGCACAACCCAGCCACUCAUCCGCCGUCCUGCUUGGGUUUUGGUUUUGGCCUUUCAGUAAACCCCGGAGCUAGUUGGCAGUCUACAAUGACCAUGGGACAUACGCAGCCUGCUGCAUUCCAGCAAUUAGCCUCUAGCAUGAACCUACCUGCUUCUGUGCAUCGCUCACAGAAGAGAAGACACGAAUUUGACGAUGAAACCGACAGCUCCAGUCGACAUGGCGCCCGGGACGUAGCUAUGGACCGAAGUCCAACACCAGAACGCCCUAAGCGUGGAGCACCUAAGCGAGCAAAGAUCACCUCUGCAAGUAACUCAAAAGAUGACAAAGGCGGAAAAGAAAAUAGUUCAGUGGGCUCAGAUAACGAUGUUGACGUUGGCGUUCUCCUUGCGAGUUUGCCACCGCAAUCACUACUUCCUCUGCUUAAUUCCAUGCUUAGUGCUCAGCCAUCACUUAAAUCUCUUAUACUACCUCUGAUACCCCGUCCGACGCUGGAUACAGCUAUACAAGCUCUGGAGCAAUCAGCUCGAAAACUUCGGGAAGCAUAUCCUUAUUCCAACCCUUCAUCAUUUGCGCUAGGAUCAUCAUCAUCAACUACUUCCUUUGGUUUUGGAUCUGGGAUCACAAACUAUAGAACACCCGCCGGCGGCCUACCAUCUGGCUUCACACGUUUCGGCCAGCAGAGCCCAGCAGGCCCACCUGAUGGUGGCAUGCGAGAAUCAUACAUCUUAUCACGUCUACGACCAGCUAUACAUGAGUUCGUGUCCGCCUCCAUGUCAUAUGUGCCAUAUUUUUCCUAUGCAUCACCUUCAUUGCCGUUGCACGUUGAUUCCGGUGCUUCGUCACAGUCGCUCUCUGCAGCCCUUCAGCUGCAACACAGAGACAGGUCUCAUCCGUCAGAGACUUUUCUCUUCCUUUCAGCCCUCACGAACCAUAUCCUUUCUCAACCACCUCUGACACAAUCAUCUCUCGCCCCUCUGUUACUACCCCGGCUAAUUCAGGAGUGGCGAGCCUGGAUAGAUCGGAUAGAUGAGGUCGUAAAUCAACAAGGGGGGAUGUUCGGAGUGGACACCGUUAGAAGUUGGGAAAAGGGCUUGGAUGAGUUUGCCGAGGCGAAAGGUCCGGAGGGAUGGCAGGACAUGCGAAAGGUGCGAGAUCAGUGGGUAAGCAAAGUCGGCUGGCUGGUGGGAAGGAACGUUCUACACCUAAUGGAGGAGGAACUUUGAUAAUGGAACUCAUUUUUUACUGUUAACGAUCCUGAGCGGAGCUCUCGUUGGAUUAUGGUUUACUGAUAGGUCAUAAGUUUUUUUUUUCUCGUGGCACUCAUUAAGUGUGUAUUUAGUCAUGAUCGAUUCUUAUGCUCGUAGUUUGUAUGACUAUAUGGAAGGUGCACACCUGUUUCAAAUUCGUCAUAUCAUCGCACGU